UUUCCUCCUGUUCCUGCAGGUCUGCAGGGAACUGGCCAGGCAAGGGUGCAGGCCUGUUUCUCCUGGUGGUUGGUGCGUUGCAGCAGCAGCGGGAGCCAGGACUAAGGACAAGCGGGAGCUGGGAGCCCCAGGCCCACUGCAGGCCCUGCCAUGGCGCCAUUCCUGCGCAUCGCCUUCAACUCCUACGAGCUGGGCUCCCUGCAGGCUGAGGACGAGGCGAACCAGCCCUUCUGUGCCGUGAAGAUGAAGGAGGCGCUUAGCACAGAGCGUGGGAAAACACUGGUGCAGAAGAAACCGACCAUGUAUCCUGAGUGGAAGUCGACAUUCGAUGCCCACAUCUACGAGGGCCGCGUCAUCCAGAUCGUGCUAAUGCGGGCAGCCGAGGAGCCAGUGUCUGAGGUGACCGUGGGUGUGUCGGUGCUGGCCGAGCGCUGCAAGAAGAACAAUGGCAAGGCUGAGUUCUGGCUGGACCUGCAGCCUCAGGCCAAGGUGUUGAUGUCUGUUCAGUAUUUCCUGGAGGACGUGGAUUGCAAACAGUCUAUGCGCAGUGAGGACGAGGCCAAGUUCCCAACGAUGAAUCGCCGCGGAGCCAUCAAACAGGCCAAAAUCCACUACAUCAAGAACCAUGAGUUUAUCGCCACCUUCUUUGGGCAACCCACCUUCUGUUCUGUGUGCAAAGACUUUGUCUGGGGCCUCAACAAGCAAGGCUACAAAUGCAGGCAAUGUAACGCUGCCAUCCACAAGAAAUGCAUCGACAAGAUCAUCGGCAGAUGCACUGGCACUGCGGCCAACAGCCGGGACACCAUAUUCCAGAAAGAACGCUUCAACAUCGACAUGCCGCACCGCUUCAAGGUUCACAACUACAUGAGCCCCACCUUCUGUGACCACUGUGGCAGCCUGCUCUGGGGACUGGUGAAGCAGGGAUUAAAGUGUGAAGACUGCGGCAUGAAUGUGCACCAUAAAUGCCGGGAGAAGGUGGCCAACCUCUGCGGCAUCAACCAGAAGCUCUUGGCCGAGGCCUUGAACCAAGUCACCCAGAGAGCCUCCCGGAGAUCAGACUCGGCCUCCUCAGAGCCUGUUGGGAUAUACCAGGGUUUCGAGAAGAAGACCGGAGUCACUGGGGAGGACUCGCAAGACAACAGUGGGACCUACGGCAAGAUCUGGGAGGGCAGCAGCAAGUGCAACAUCAACAACUUCAUCUUCCACAAGGUCCUGGGCAAAGGCAGCUUCGGGAAGGUGCUGCUUGGAGAGCUGAAGGGCAGAGGAGAGUACUUUGCCGUCAAGGCCCUCAAGAAGGAUGUAGUCCUGAUCGACGACGACGUGGAAUGCACCAUGGUUGAGAAGCGGGUGCUGACGCUCGCCGCAGAAAAUCCCUUUCUCACCCACCUCAUCUGCACCUUCCAGACCAAGGACCACCUGUUCUUUGUGAUGGAGUUCCUCAACGGGGGGGACCUGAUGUACCACAUCCAGGACAAAGGCCGCUUUGAACUCUACCGUGCCACGUUUUAUGCAGCUGAGAUAAUCUGUGGACUGCAGUUUCUACACAGCAAGGGCAUCAUUUACAGGGACCUCAAACUGGACAAUGUGCUGCUGGACCGGGAUGGCCAUAUCAAGAUUGCCGACUUUGGGAUGUGCAAAGAGAAUAUAUUCGGGGAGAACCGGGCCAGCACCUUCUGCGGCACUCCUGACUAUAUCGCCCCUGAGAUCCUGCAGGGCCUGAAGUACACAUUCUCGGUGGACUGGUGGUCUUUCGGGGUCCUUCUGUAUGAGAUGCUCAUUGGCCAGUCCCCCUUCCAUGGUGAUGAUGAGGAUGAACUCUUCGAGUCCAUCCGUGUGGACACACCGCAUUAUCCCCGCUGGAUCACCAAGGAGUCCAAGGACAUCCUGGAGAAGCUCUUUGAAAGGGAACCGACCAAGAGGCUGGGAGUGACCGGAAACAUCAAAAUCCACCCCUUCUUCAAGACCAUAAACUGGACUCUGCUGGAAAAGCGGAGGUUGGAGCCACCCUUCAGGCCCAAAGUGAAGUCCCCCAGAGACUACAGCAACUUCGACCAGGAGUUCCUGAACGAGAAGGCGCGCCUCUCCUACAGCGACAAGAACCUUAUCGACUCCAUGGACCAGUCUGCGUUUGCCGGCUUCUCCUUUGUGAACCCCAAAUUCGAGCACCUCCUGGAAGACUGAGGUUCCUGGACAGAGCAGGCUAGCCCCGCCCUCCACCCACAUCUGCCCGCUCCCCACAAUAAGCACCAGAGGGACUGUGGUGACUUCUGCUGCUGGCCCCGCCCCUGCCCCCAGAGCGGCCUUGGCUCCUGUCUGGCCAGGCUCUCAUGGUACUUCCUCUGUGAACUGUGUGUGAAUCUGCUUUUCCUCUGCCCUCGGAGGGAAAUUGUAAAUCCUGUGUUUCAUUACUUGAAUGUAGUUAUCUAUUGAAAAUAUAUAUUAUAUAUAUAGACAUAUAUAUAUAUAAAAUAGGCUGUAUAUAUUGCUCAGUAGAGAAAAACCAUGGGGGACUGGUGACAUGUUGAUCUUUUUCAAAAAAAUAUAUAUACGACAAAAAAAAAAAAAAAAAAAAAGGAGCACAAGCUGUUUGAACCACCAGGUUCUUUUAUUUGUGUGUCUAAAUAAACACCAAAUGGUACCAA